AUGAGGUAAGGUCCAAAGUGUAAAGUAGUGGGGACUCAGCCUCUUCGUUGGAGCCCAGAUCAGACGAGGUGGAGGAAGAGAGGGGCUGUCAGCACAGCUACAUGCCCAGUAUUCAAGAGUCGCGUACCGGAUCUCACAGAAUCCACAGUCGAAAAAUCUACCUCUUUGCACACCCAUCGUACUGUGUCGUGAAAAAACGAGUGAUGUAUACUAUGUGAUAUUACAUCGAUGUUCAUAAUUCUCUCGGUGCUAUGAAAUUCACCGAUGCACAUUGUGCUUGCCCUGGUGGAACGACUCUAUAAGUGUAUAGAUACGAGUGACUACAACAAUGGCAAGUAAAACUGGGAAUAUAUCGAUCUCCGAAGGAAACCAUAACACAAGCUGUGAGACGAGUUGCGGGGCUCAUACCGAACACCUCCGCACUGAACACCUUCGCUAAUGUCGCUCUGUGAGGGGAUGAAUUCCUAACGAAGCUCGAGAGACCCUGAAGAAAUGGCGCUGACCGUAUCCUCGGCCCGUGUUUUCAACGGAAACGUGGGAACGGAGGGCUAUACUGCUGGUACUGCAUCUUCAACAGGUUCCAAAUGUCACUGUUGCCCUUUCGGCUAUCACAUUGAUUUGGAUUUCGUUGAAUACUGUGAAGCAGUUGCAGCUGGGACUGUUGGGGACAGAUCCACCCUAGAGCGUCGUAAGAAACGAGAGAAACGGAGACAAUGCCAGUCCAUGGAGAUUCUGUUAGGGCUUGCAAAUCCCGUUGUGAGCGAUCUUGAAACAGAAUUAUCCGAGUUAUCAUCAAACCCGGCUAUCUCGUUCGAGAACAAUCUAGCGACCUUACCAAGGUCAGGUCAUACUGGACGACCAACUGAAAACGUGGAGAAGUCCACGGCCCGGGACCUAAACGAUGCCAUCGGCGAUUUUGAGGCGACCCUCAAGAGACUCUCCAAGCCCUCCAAGACGAAUAAUCGGUAUAAAAAUGAGGUUGAGACCGAUGGAGCAUCACCGAUAUCGCCCCUUCAAAAUGCGGCCCACCUGGACAGAGGUAUGGAUUUUGAUAAUGCAAGCAUUGGAAGUGGAAACUCAAAUCACAGCACUGGAACUCUCCAGAACAUUAGGGAGCAAAUGGCGGUGUCACUGGAGCGAAUGCGUCAAUUGGAAGAUCAAGUUAAAUCCAUACCAAUAUUGCAGGUUCAAGUGUCAAUCCUCAAGGAUGAGAAACGCAACCUUCAGAACCAGGUGCAGGAACUCAACCGAAAAAGACUGAGUGAAAUAACCGAUCAAAGAUUGAGCAGCCAAUCAAUCUCGGAGUGUCACUGCCCCCAAAGUUCAAAUGGUACAAGAGACGCGGGUACAAUGUGUGGCGUCGUAACAAGAGACAUUGGUGUAUCUCAUCAACAGAUCCGCACACGCGAUGUGGGAAUAGUGACAAGUACGCCAAUCCAACCCUUUGGUGAUCCAAAAUCAAGAGAGUUUGCAGCCCUGAGAAUUGACGAGAGGGACUUAGAUCACAGACAGCAUUUAUCCUCAAAUCUACCACGAAGUACAAAAUUAUCAUUUUCAGAGAGUGACACCUGUAGUUUAUCCAGACUCUCUAGGAGUAGUGAAACAAGUGACAGCACUUGCCCUGAAGUAUGUCGGAAGAAUUCACUGGGUAGAGGACCGUUAAAAGUGGAGAGUAUUCUCCCUGACUUGAAGCAGUUCAAAGACUGUUCAACCACUACCGACCAAACUCGGAGAACCACAUGCUCUAUCGGUACUGGUACAUUAUGGACGAUGAAAGACAUCUACACCUCCGAUGACAUAGCUGUGAUCGUUGAAAAUGCUAUAAAAACGUAUGAAGAAGCUGUGAAGAAGGCGACGUUGUCGCAAGGUAUUCAGUGUUGUAUCCAGAGUUAUAUGACGAAGGAUCAGGAGGUACAGGUGUCCGAGCCAUUCAGGUUGAAGUCAAAUGUCGGAGUAACGGCUAAGCCUAGGACUACAGAGGUGGGCACGGAGGUGGGACCUGGACCAGGCACAAGAUCAAUAGCCACUGGACCGGAUCCUGUCUCGAUUCAGACAAUUUCACUGAACUCAAUGAACCUACGGAGUCACUCAUUCAAUUAUGGUGAUACAAAACCAAAACGUAAAAUGAGUAAAUCUAUUGGUGUCAGCGUUGAAGGUCUCAUAAAAAUGACAACGAGAAGCACCAAUACAGCGAGUCUCGUUCCGAAGACUCGUGAAUUUGGCACCUCACCAAUCAAAAAGAAAUUCGUCGAUGUUUCUGUUGGAGAUUCUCUCAAGCCCCACAUUGCUAUAUCGUGUGCUGCUAAUUACUGUGACAACUGCAAGGAAACGAUUAAAUCUCUUGCCAAGCAGAUGUCCAGCAGUACUGAGGGUCAUUAUAAAAAUGUUGACAGCCCAAGCACAAAUGUCACGUCUAAAAUACCACGACCUUCACACAUUCCCCUUAACACACAAGACUUCAGAAGACAGUUCAAGAGACAAGACACUUAUACGAAAAUUCCUGUUGGAGUAAUUCGAUAUGAUGCUGAUAACAGGGAGAAUUAUGAGACGAUCAGCAAUAAACUUGAGCGAAUUGAAGCCGAGGAGAGCCGAGACGAGAAUAAAAAGUGCAUCUUAUCACCACCCGAGAAGGAAGUGCACAGUGAAGAGAAACCUCUACCUGAUUCAGCGCUCUUCGAGCCGAUAAGGGACAAAUCUCGAGAGAAGAAAGAGCCAUCAAAAGAAAUGAGAGCUGCCCUGAAGGUGCUCAACGAUAACCUGCGAAAAUCCCCGAGUAAAAAUAUAUCACAUCAAACGAAGAAUGCAGCGAACAUAAUUCAACAGGAAUGGUUCAACAUAUCAAGCACAGUAACAGCAAAUCCUCUGGAGGUUGAGGAUUAUCUCGACUGUUUCGAAGAAUACUCGAGCUUUCUUCUCGAGUACAUCGUCAACAUGACUGAUUCAAGUGGCAACACAGCCAUGCACUACGCUGUAUCACAUGGUAAUUUCGAUGUUGUCUCCAUUCUGCUGGACUCCAAGGUCUGUGAUAUCAACAAAGCCAAUGUGGCUGGUUACACAGCAGUGAUGCUUGCAGCACUGGCUGAAGUGAGGAAUUCCACUCAUGCAUCAGUGGCCAACAGGCUCUUUCAGCUGGCAGACGUCAAUAUCAGAGCAAAAUUACAUGGACAAACAGCUCUCAUGCUGGCUGUGUCACACGGCCGUAAAGACAUGACACAUCUUCUGCUGGAGGCUGGGGCAGCUGUCAACAUUCAGGACGAAGACGGCAGUACAGCGCUGAUGUGUGCUGCUGAGCAUGGACACACAGACAUCGUCAGAACACUGCUAUCUCAUCCUGAUUGUGACUCGUCAAUAACAGACAUUGAUGGCAGUUCAGCAUUAAAAAUAGCUCUGGAGGCUGGACAUCGUGAUAUUGGCAUUUUACUUUACGCCCAUGAGCAUGUUAAUCGCGGAACAAGUCCAUACUCAUCGGUAAGGAGAAGUCGAAGGGGCUCCAAACCCACAACACCCACUGGACCAUCACCAUCAGCACCAGCAAGUCCAGCACCUUCACGUCGAUUUCACACAACCAACACAACUUCCAAAUAUUCAUCGAAGUAAAUUAAUUUCAUUGAUUCUCGACAACGUCUCUAUUUUUCUAUAACAUUUUAUACGAAACGUAGACUGUUUGCGUUUCUCACAAGGAGAAAACUAGUCACUCAUUUUUCUCACGCCGGGAAUUAGUGGUUUUCUCUCAGGGUGCUGGAUAAUUAAAUUUUUUGGUGCUGUAUUCUACGUUUUCACGAGAGAAUCAUUAAAUUACAAUUCUCCGUAUUCAUUCGAUGUGAUAUUUUCACGACACAUUCAACUUGUGAAUUAUAACGGGGAGAUUUUUUACAAAAAACAUAUUAGUUGUCUUCCAAAUGCCAAAUUGGGGAAGAGAAUGGAAGGGUGAGAAUUUUAUUCAACAUUCCAUGUGAUGAGACGAAGCUCAAAAUAGACAUUUUACACAGGCCUAAAUGGUUCUUUCUGACCUUUGGGAACAAAUUAUCAGUUUUCUUCCCUUCCUUGUUCAUUAAUACUUUCUUCUCUUGUCAUUAUCGACGGCUGAAGUGGGGUGGAAGGAAACCGAAGGGAAUCGAGAUAAAUGUGCGAAAAAAUUUUAUGGAAAAUGUGCCUGCAAAAAUUCUAUCUGUUCGUUGCGCCAAUUCUAUAGACAGUUAUGUAAUUCUCACGUGCGUUUUUGAAGAUGUAUUUGCUCGCAGAACAAAGUAUCUACACUUUGCUUUUAUUAUUAUUAAUAAUGAUAUUAACAUUAUUAUUAUUUCAAUUAUUUCUAUAAGAAUUUUUGAAGUAGCAUUUUCUAAGCUGUUUAUUGUAAGAUUUGACUAUGAGCAUUUCUAUCUAGAAUUCAUGUCAUUGACUUUUUUAAAACAAUAUUCCCUAACAAAAUGACAAGGUAACUAGUGUAAUCUUCAACGCAAAUGGCGAAAACACGCGUGGAAUUAUUUCUGUAAAAUUUUUUCUUACGUGUAGAAAUGAGAAUAAUUCAAGAAUGAAACUAAAAACAAUUAUUAAAUGUUGAUGUUGUACACUGAUAUAUAUCUGGUAUACAGAUAUCAUCAGGCUGAUUUCUAAUCGCAUUAUUAUUCGAUAGAAUAUGAGUGAAUAAACUAUGUACUCAUUCAAUGUUUUAGCGUGGGUGCAUCGAGAGAAAAUCAAAGAUUGUUGAUUAUACGAUGCGAGAGAUGGAAUUGAGAUGUGCUUGUAGUAAAAAAAAAAGUUUUUCUCAUUACGAUUGGAGGGUUGUGAAUAGUAUAUCAAGGUAGAUUGUGAUGUGUGGAUAUUCUCCAUUCGAAGAGUACCAUCACAAUAAAAAGAACAGAUAAGGAAAUAUGCGUACAUAAAAGAAAAUUAUCGAUCUAUCGAGAUGUUAACACUAGAUAAGUUAUUGACUUAAUUGAGUAUAAUAUGAGUGUGUGAUGUGUGGUGGUGUUAGCGAUGUAGAGAAGAGAAUCUAGAAACUCGAGGUUAAAUAACUUUUUUCAUUGUUUGUGCCUUUAUAUAUGUGAAAUAUCAAAGAUCAAUAAAUCAUUGAGUGAUUUGAA